CUGAAGAUGACUCCCUCUGCCGGCCUGCUCCUGCUGCUCCUGCUUGGCCUCUCUCAGGCUCUUCCUCUCCAGGAGGAAGGAAGCACAGAGGGAGAAGAAGAAGUCCCAGACAGCAUGGACAUCACCACCAGGAUCUUGACCUCCAACAAUGGCACAGAUGAGAUCCUGCUGGAAGGAGACCUGUUGGCUCCCAGAACCAGAAACGCCAUGAUGUGCUGGUCCCAGAACUGCCUGUGGAGGAAAUCCUCCAACGGCCUGGUGGUGAUCCCCUUCUCCGUGAGCAGCCAGUUCAACAGCUGGGAGAGGAAGAAGAUCGAGUACGCCAUGCAGGUGUACCACAGCAGGACCUGCAUCCGCUUCGUCCCCCGUCAGAACGAGUACGACUACAUCAGCAUCGAGAACAAAGCGGGAUGUUUCUCCUCUCUGGGCAGAGAGGGAGGCAGACAGGUGCUCUCUCUCAACAGGCAGGGCUGCCUCUACCACGGCAUCAUCCAGCACGAGAUCAACCACGCUCUGGGCUUCCAGCACGAACAGACCAGGAGCGACCGCGACUACUACGUCAGGAUCAACUGGGAGAACAUCAACCCACAGAUGGCCUACAACUUCUACAGGCAGUCCACCAACAACCUGAACACUCCCUACGACUACUCCUCCAUCAUGCACUAUGGAAGAACAGCCUUCUCCAUCCAGUAUGGCAAGGACUCCAUCACCCCCAUCCCAGACCCCAACGUCCAGAUCGGACAGAGGCAGGGCAUGUCCUACUGGGACAUCAUGAGGAUCAACCUGCUUUACAGCUGCCAGUAA